AUGAACCUUACAGUAACUGUCGGAACGACAAUAUUAACCCUACGCGUUUCGGCACCAGAUAUUAGCUCAUUAGGCCGCUUCGUGCUUGUGCCUUGCUACCGUCUAUGCUUCGUGAUACGGACCAUAGCAAAACUAACAAUUAUAAAAGCUCGUGAUGUAAUAUUCAAUGAGGAUGAAGUUUUUAAUGGUAAUUUGGAACGUCUGAAAGAUGACGUGCGAGAUAUCCCUCUUCCAGAAUCGGCAGAAUUGUUGAUGAAGACCAACAUUACUCAAGAAGGUCAAAUUCUUGGAUCUAACAGUGAGUCAGAAGAGUUAAGUCCCGAAGAAGACACAAUUCUACUCGGGAAUCCUCUCAGCGUCGAAGAAUCGGUAGAAGAUAUCAAUAUCGAAGAGGACCUGGACCAAGAUCAAAUAUCAGCCAUCCCAGAGACAAAGAAAAAUUUGGCUGGUACAGAAGAAUUCGCUUACCCAACGCCGCUAGAAACGCCGCUAGCAGCGUUACUUUCUGCAACAAUCAAAAUUUCCGAUGAUUUGGACACGCUUGCUAAUAAUUUACUAGGAGAGGAGUCUAAACAGGUUGACAGCGAGUUCCGGCCUUGGAAUGCUUCCUUCCUCGCGGGUCAACGGCAAAGUUGUCGAUAG